AUGACUUUCACUCAGAGUCCAGAACAUCCAGCCCACAUCAGUCCUCCAGUAGCAGACACUGAACACAAAGCUACCAGACAAAAGGAGCAAUCAGAGCACUGGCCGGCCAUCGUCCUCUAUGCAAUUAUUAAGGAGGUUCCCCUGCGUAGGUGGAAGGAGUUCCUGCGGCUGCUCUCGUUGGCAGACCAGCAGCUGGAGCGGGUGGAGUUGGAAGCUGGCAUGGGCCUUGGUUUUACCGAGAGGCAGUACCAGAUGCUGAGACUGUGGAGCCAGCGUUCCUCUGCGAGCCUGAGCGAUAUCUUCUCUGCCUUACACUACAUGGAUUUAUCUGGUUGUGCCCAGCUGCUGCAGGAAAGCCUGGAGAAGCUGCAGUGGCAGCCUGAACCGAUGCAUAGUUUGACUGCAAGCACAAACCAUGGUUUCAGUGGGGCAAUGCAGGACACCUGA